CAAGAUGAUCUUCAGGGUCCCUUCCUCCCCAGGCCAUGAUGAUUCUACAUUAUUAUGUUAUAAUGCUUUGCUGAAGGAGUUGUUGUUUCAGUCACAGCUGCUGCUACAUGGACAGAGAUUAAAUUGAAUGCAGAAUUGCACCUUGGCCUCAUUCCUGAUCAUAAAUAAUGCUAGAAAAUACACUAUAUUGUUCUUAAAAUGUAUAUAAUGACAUUAGUAUCUUGUGGUGUUAGUGCCAUUUCACAUAACCACAGUAUUUGCUGGCUCAGCGUUUGGAUGUGGACCCACAGUUUGCUGUUUCCAAAUUUUAUGUUUUAAGCCAUUACAUUUUUUUGUUUUGUCCAUGAUGUAGCAUGGGUGUUCAUAUGUGGUGGGACAGAAGAGCUUCCAUGACUUGGAUAGUUUUUCAUGAGCAAUUUUUUAAAUAACUAUGAGAAAUUUUUUUACAUUGGUUUUAAAGGACGAUUUUCACAGAACGUGCUGAGUUGGAAGGGACCCACAAGGAUCAUCGAGUCCAACUCCUGGCCCUGCACGGGACAUCCCAAGAGUCACACCAUGUGCAUGACAGCAUUGUCCAAAUACUUUUUGAGCUCUGUCAGGCUGGUGCUGUGACCACUUCCCUGGGGAGCCUGUGUCAGUACCCAGCCACCCUCUGGGUGAAGAACCUCCUUCUAAUAUCCAACUAAAUCCAACUUCUAAUAUCCAACUUCUAAUAUCUAAGCUUCAGGGCAUUCCCUCGGGUCCUGUCACUGUCACCAUAGAGAAGAGAUCAGUGCCUACCCCUACUCUUCCCCUCACGAAGAAGCUGUAGACUGCAAUAAAACCAGACUAUAUUUACAUAAUUUUAAACAGCUUAAGGUUAUUUUAGCACUGCUGAAUAGCAAAAAAACUCUGCUAAGACGUUCCAGCUUUCUGUUAUUCUAUCCAAGAGAUGAAAGCAUUUCAGGAUAGGUGAUGACUGUUAUUUUUAAUGGCAAAAACCCGCCCCUUCCUAGAAGCUCUGAAUACGUGAGUUGAUACUGAUACCUGCAGGCCCGGUGAUUUGUCUAAUCAGGAAGAAGGGAGGAAAAAGGGGAAAAGCCGGGGAAAAGCAAGGGAAACAGCAGGACACCCUGCGGAGGUGGUCUCCUUCAGCCCCGGGCGGGGCGGGGCGAGGGGCGGCCCCGUCCCGAUCUCGCGAUGGGCGCGGGCCCCGCCCCCAGCGGUAACGGCCGUACCCGCCGGGCCUCGCGGGCACUGUUUACGGCGGCGCAGCCAAUGGGCGGGCGGGGCGCGCGGGCGGCGCGGCCAAUGGGCGGGCGGGGCGGUGCGUUUGAACGGCGCGGCGCGAGCGUAGGGGCCUGCGCGGCCCGGCGGGGUCCGUGCGCUGCCCGCCAUGCCCGGCCGCCCCGACGACUACGAGGUGCUGCUCACCAUCGGCGCCGGCUCCUACGGGAAGUGCCGCAAGGUGCGCCGCAAGGCCGACGGCAAGAUCUUGGUAUGGAAGGAGCUGGACUAUGGCGCGAUGACGGAGUCGGAGAAGCAGAUGCUCGUGUCGGAGGUGAACUUGCUGAGGGAGCUGCGGCACCCGAACAUCGUGCGCUACUACGAUCGCAUCAUUGACAGGAGCAGCACCACCCUGUACAUCGUCAUGGAGUACUGCGAUGGGGGAGACCUGGCCGGCUUGAUCGCCAAGUGCGCGAAAGAAAGGCAUUUUUUGGAUGAAAGCUUUGUUCUCAGAGUGUUGACUCAAUUAACAUUGGCCUUGAAGGAGUGUCACAGACGGAGUGAUGGUGGAGUCACUGUGCACCGUGACCUGAAACCAGCAAACGUCUUUCUAGAUGGCAAACAGAAUGUGAAACUGGGAGAUUUUGGACUGGCUAGGAUAUUACACCAUGACACCAAAUUUGCCACAACGUUUGUUGGCACUCCAUACUACAUGUCUCCUGAACAAAUGAACUACAUGUCAUACAAUGAAAAAUCUGACAUCUGGUCGCUGGGAUGUCUCGUGUAUGAAUUAUGUGCUCUUUCGCCUCCAUUUACGGCUUACAACCAAAAGGAGCUGGCAGAAAAGAUAAAGGAAGGGAGGUUCAGGCGAAUACCAUAUCGUUACUCAGAUGAGCUGAAUGACCUCCUCAAGGAGAUGCUGAAUGUAAAGGAUUACUUCCGACCUUCUGUUGAAGAUAUUCUGCAGCGCCCCUUGAUAGAAAAUGUGGUGACAGAAGAACUAAAACAGAAUUUUGAUAGAAGAGGCUUGAGACCACGGGAGCCAGAAAGGCCGCAGUACUCAGAUGUUGCAGUGAAUGAGCUGAAACGGAAGGAGCAACAAUUACAGGAGCGAGAGCAAGCCAUUAAAGAGAGAGAACAACGUCUGGAGCAGAGAGAACGGGAGCUCUGUGUUCGGGAGAGACUGGCAGAGGACAAACUUUCUAGAGCUGAAAACCUGCUGAAGAGGUACAAUCUCCACAAGGAGCAGCGGGAGGUAACGUGUGCGGAAGGUCCAGAUAACGCACUCCUGCUUCCCCUUUCUACAACCAAGAAGAACUCACUCCUUGAUGGAAGUGAAGAGAAAGCUGUGUCUCCUCAUAAUAUGGAAAACUAUUUCCUUUCCAAAGCGAAAAGCUCUGAUCUCAAAAGUCGUCUAUAUGCUGCAAAUCUACGAGCUCAAGCACUGGCUGAACUGGAAAAAAACUAUCAACUAAAGAGCAGACAAAUCUUGGGCAUGCGUUGAAACUGUAACAGAUAUAUUUAUCUUUGAAAAGAAGAUUAAAUGUAUAGGCAGAUACUUGUGCCUCCCUCUCUUAAGCUAGAACCUACUGAAAAAUUAUUUUAACAGUUGUACAAACUCUUAGUUUAUGAUAGGUAGUUUAUGAUAAAUGCAUAAGAUGCUCUAUGAUGAAAAUAGGUACUUUUGAUACCAAAUAAAACAAACUGAAUUAAUUGUAUUCUUAAAGAAAAAUAUUUUGGUCCUCCUGUUUACCAUAUAUUUCUGAAAAUAUAAAGAAUGAAUAUAUAUAAAUUAUUUGUUUAAAAUCUGAUGUGGAAAACUUUUCAGGUGAAAAAUGUACAGAGAUUCAUAGUCUAUAGGUUAAAAUGAUGCUGUAUGUAAUGGACAGUUGUUGAUAAAGGAAGUGAUAUUCUGUAUAUGUGGGAAAACAGUGCCUUCUUUUCUGCAAUUGUAAAUAUUUUAUAACAAAAAAGCACAAAGAUUUCAUGCAUCUCUUCCUACUAAGUAAGUGACUUAUCAAAGCAGGUUACUUUUAAUGUUAUGUUUUUACUAAUGAGUGGGAUGGGUCAAAAUAAUGUAAUUUCUGAGUUUAUAUUCCUUUCCUGACUGAUCAGCUGAAUGCUUUGUCCAUCCUCCUACAAGACCUGCGUCAGGGUAUGGCAUUUGAAAUAACGACUUCUUUACCUUGCCUUGAAACUGUAUUAUAAACUGAUCCCCUGAGACUGCUGUCCAGGAUGGGACACUAUCCAGCAUAUUAGCAUCUGCGUUUUGGGGUGGGGCAGUUGUCCUUUAAAUAGUAAAACCUUUUUUUCUUGAAGCUUAGGAGGUAUCUCCAUCUUACCAUUAACAAUUCCCUGCUGGUAUAGGAAUUGCUCACUUAAGGUGGUGUAAGUUUCAUAAACUCAGACUCAAUGAAUUUUAAAAUAUCCUUUGAAACU